AUGGCUCAUGAUCUAUCGGAAGGGGAUACCACUUCUCAGCGACAAAUCGGUCCUAGGGAAUUAGAGAUCUGCACCAAAGGCGACGGAAACCCACCGAAGGUUGUAGUCGGAAACUUUGACACUCUUGACUCCUUCGUGGGCCGAUACAGAUGCAAUAUCAAAUCUGUUCAAGUUUACCAACUCAACAUUUGUCGCAGGCUGGAAACAGGGCUAAAGCGAACACUUCUACAUCACUUCCAUUUUGCGCCGUACCCCCGAACUCAGCGUAAUACCUCGGCAUCUACACUAGCGCGUGGAACCCAAGCUAUGAACACAUUCACAUGUCUGACGCUUGCUUCCCCGGAUUCCAUCAUCGACUGUCACAAGCGACUGUCACAAGCUUCCGACGUGAUCUUUCAAAUACGCUUAGGCCCCUUGACCUUUCGUGUCUUGACUCUUCGCACACCGUACCUACUCAGUCGUAGCAUCAGUACAGACGUAUCCGUCCACCUCGACUCAACAGACAAAGCAACACACGUAAGCCAUCAUGUCUCUCAAGUCUGUGGACUCUUUUCCGACUUCCCCUCCUCCGCCGCCUUCGACGAAAUCUCCCGUUCUCUCUCAUCCUCCGAGGCCGACCGCAAAGACGCCAUCAAGAAGGGCUCUGCUAUCUUCGCCUUCACACUCAAAAAUUCUGGCAAAGAAGAGUCUUGGUACAUUGACCUUAAGGAAACCGGUACAGUUGGCAAGGGCACCGCGCCCGAGGGCAAGAAAGCUGCCGUGACGCUUAUCUUGAGUGAUGAGGAUUUUGGAAAGCUAGUCACAGGCAAGGCGAAUGCGCAAAAAUUGUUUAUGAGUGGCAAGUUGAAGGUCAAGGGUGAUGUUAUGAAGGCAACCAAGAUGGAGCCGAUAUUGAAGAAGGCGCAGACUGGAGCGAAGUUGUAG